AUGCUUCAUUCAGUUCAGAAUAUGCUUCAACCAAAUAUUUCCAUAAUUACGAAAAUCCAUUUGUUAGGAUUUCAAAGCUCAAAGAAUGUAAAUUACGUUCUCUUUACAAUUUUCCUUUUGAUCUACUAUCUGACGUUAUGUGGAAACCUCCUCAUGGUAACCCUGGUGACACACAUCAGAGAACUUCACCAGCCCAUGUACUUUUUCCUCACACAACUGUCUAUAGCUGACGUCUUACUGACCACAGACAUUGUCCCUAGUCUGCUCCAUGUUCUACUGCAUAAAGUUGGGAUCAUUUAUUUUGUAGGUUGCAUUGCUCAGUUUUUUAUAUUUGCGUUCUGUGAGGGUUCAGAGUGUUUUCUUCUAACAGUCAUGUCUUAUGACAGAUAUUUGGCCAUCUGUAACCCAUUGCGGUAUACCACCAUCAUGAAUCGCAAUUUGUGCCUGAAACUGGUCAUUAUAAGUUGGUUGUUGGGUUUUUCUUUGUCGACAGUUGAAAUGGCAUCAACAUCCUCCUUACAAUAUUGUGGACCAAACACCAUUGAUCAUUUCUUCUGUGACCUGAUGCCAAUACUCGAACUAUCGUGUUCAGAUACCAGUGGUGUCCAGUUGGAAAUUAUGUUAAUAUCUGCCCCAGUUCUUUUAUGUGCUUUUAUGAUAAUUAUAAUGUCCUAUAGUUAUAUCAUCUUUGUCAUCCUGAAUAUUCCUUCAUCUACUGGUAGACAGAAAGCCUUCUCCACCUGCAGCUCCCACCUCACUGUGGUCUCCAUAUUCUAUGGAACAUUAUUUGGUGUUUAUAUACUUCCAACCAAAGGACAAUCAUUAAAUAUAAAAAAGUUUCUAUCAUUGCUGUACACUGUUGGGACUCCAUUGAUAAAUCCAGUGAUAUACAGCUUAAGAAACUCACACAUCAUUAAAGCUUUUGGGACAUUUAAAAGUAAUUUCUUGUAA